AUGCUCUUCGCAAUCUUUUCGGUAAUCUCCCUUCUGAUUGCUACGGUCAAUGCCACAGCUUUGACGUUUGCAUUACAACCAAACGAGAAGCAGUGUUUCUACAUCUUCAACACUAAGCUGAACUCCAAUGUUGGAUACUACUUUGCAGUUCAAGCAGGAGGUUCAUUCGACAUCAAUUACUACAUCAAAGCUCCCAAUGGUGCCAACAUUGUCAAGGCAGAUAAGUUGACUCAUGCUGACUACAUUUUCACAGCGGAUCAAAUCGGUGAGUACGAAUUCUGUCUCAGUAAUGAGAUGUCGACAUUUGCUGAGAAGAUUGUCGAUUUUGAGGUUAAAGUGGAUGAUGAUUUCAAGGCUUCUUUACCGGAGGCUCCCAAGGAAAACCCGGCAGUUGAAGGAAUGCAGGAAAGUGUCAAGAGUAUUGAACAAAAGAUCAACCAGUUGUUGAGCUCCUUGAAUUACUAUAAGACCAGAAACAAUAGAAAUCAGUCAACUGUCAAGUCUACUGAAAAUCGGAUUUUCUGGUUCUCUAUAGUUGAUCUUCUGCUCAUGGUUGGGAUUUCGGUGUUUCAGGUUCUCGUGGUUAAAUACUUUUUCCAAGGAUCUAGAAAGCAGAUGGUUUAG